AAAAUAUAUAAAACGACAAAACCUCAAAAAAAGACCUGUCAGAAAUAUCUGAAACACAGUUUAGUUCAAUUAUUACCGGAAAUAGCCGGUGGUCGCCCGGUUGCUCGAAACCCUAUGCUCCCUCAGAGGCUUUGUUAUGGAAAAAGAGAUGGACAAGAGUGAGUGAGGGAGAGAGAAACAAAGAAUUUGUUGUUUAUGUAUUCUGUGUGUGAGUGAGUGAUUGUAGUAAAGUUUUAUGGUAGAGUGUGUUAUUAGGAUGCGUGAAGUGAGCCCCUAAUACUCCGAUUCUCGAUCUCUUCACGUAUCUCUGCUAUCCUGCGCCCCCUCUGCCAUGUUUGCAGCUCUGAAGAUCAUGAUAACCCUUCAUUUCAUCAUCACUACUUCUCUUUCACUGUUCCCUCUCUUUCACCAUCACUAUUAUCCUCUUUAAUAUCUACAGUCCACAGUCCAAACACCUGUCUCUCCCCCUUUUAACUGUUUUUCUCUUUUCUCUCUUCUUCUAUAGUGUGUUGAGUUUUUUAUUUUCUUUUCUUCUCCGUGUGCUUAUGGCGGAGGGUUUUGAGCCCUACCAUGUCCCACAACAAAGCAGAAGGGAUAAGCUAAGAAUUGUGGCUCAAAACCAUUCAGGUUGUGUUGAAUCAACGGCUACUCUUCAAGGCUGCACGGGUUUACUCCCUUUGUACGAUCCUUCACUUCUCUCUUCAGAUUUGCUCAACUGUGCCAACUCCAGUGGCCACAACUUCCUCCACAACAACAAUCCAAUCUCAGCUUCUGCUGACCCCAUUAAAGCCAACCCAGUUUGUGUUGUUAAAGAAGAAGGUGUGAAUUUGAUGGGUUUUGUUGGUGGGAUCGUUAAUGGCUCUUCUUCUACUUCAACUUCACAUCAUCCUUAUUUGGAUCCUCAGUCUUCUUUGCAUAUGAACCCUAGUUCCAUUCAAGAUAUUAACAAUAACCCCUUUCUUUACGCCCCACAUAGCCUCCAUAACCUUAGAGAUUUUGAUCAGUCCUAUAAUGGUGGUAGUGGUGAAGUUGUUGUCUUCAAACCCGAACCCUUGUCUUUAUCUUUAUCUUCUCACAGUACCCACCAAAACAAUCUUCCUUUAGAGCUAAAUCUUCAAAGAUAUGGGUCCGCAAUUUAUGGAGACAAAGUUACCAGCACUGGUGGAUAUAUGGUUCCAGGAAUUGUUGGUGGUGGUGGUUCGACCUCUAAUGACCCAUCGAGGAGUUCCGUUCCUCUCGGACCGUUUACGGGCUAUUCUUCGAUUUUGAGAGGAUCAAAAUUCUUGAGGCCUGCACAGCAGUUGCUGGAGGAGUUUUGCGAUGUUGGUCAGGGAAUUUACGCUGAAAAAAUGACUGUUGAUUCCUCGUUCAUGGAUCCUCCGUUAGUAAAUUUGAGCACUAGUGGACUUGUUGAUGAUCCGCUUUGUGUUGGAGAAGGUAGUGAGAAUAGAACAAAGAAGUCUAGGCUACUUUCUAUGCUCGACGAGGUUUACAGGAGGUAUAAGCAAUACUAUCAGCAAAUGCAAGCAGUUGUGGCUUCGUUUGAAUAUGUUGCUGGGCUCGGCAAUGCAGCUCCCUAUGCAAACGUGGCUCUGAAAGCCAUGUCUAAGCAUUUCAGAUGCUUGAAGAAUGCAAUUACGGACCAGCUUCAGUUCACAAAUAAGGCUCAAUCUCAGAUAAGCCAUGGGAAAGAAGAGGCUCCCACAUUUGGAAGCAGUGAUAGAGGUCUUUAUGGCCAGAGAGCUGUUCAUAACCCUGGAUUCCUUGAGCGCCAACCUGUUUGGCGACCCCAAAGGGGGCUUCCUGAGCGUGCUGUAACUGUUCUUCGGGCGUGGUUAUUUGAGCACUUCCUACAUCCUUAUCCUACUGAUACAGACAAGCUAAUGUUGGCAAAACAAACUGGUCUAUCACGGAGCCAGGUUUCUAAUUGGUUUAUCAAUGCUAGAGUAAGGCUUUGGAAGCCAAUGGUUGAAGAGAUACACAUGCUAGAAACUCGGCAAGCUCAAAAAGCUUCCCAAAGAGAGGAACGAAAUGCCGAUCGCUCAAUGGAUCGUUUACCUUCCUCAAACUCACUUCCAUCUGAAAAUCCAUCCACCUCCACCCAAAGGUUCCCAGACACCCCAUCCAAACGCACGAGAAACGAAUUUCCUGAUAUUCCUGGUGGAAGUGAGGGACACCCAAACUUGUCUUACGACAGCUUGUCAAGCCACCCACAUGUUGGUGUUGGUGUGAGCAUGGGAGGUGGCACUAGUGGUGUUUCCUUAACACUCGGCCUUCAUCAAAAUCAUGGGAUCAGUUUAUCAGAACCCUAUCCUCCUAUAAAUGCAGUUCAACGUUUUGGCCUCGGCCUUGAGGCAACUAGUGAAGGGUAUGUUUUGGGUGGUUAUGAAGCACAGAAUAGGCAUUUUGGAAGGGACGUUAUCGGAGGGCAACUUUUGCAUGAUUUUGUGGGUUGAUUAUAUCUUCAGACUAAAAUCAGUGUCCUGGCUUCAUUAUAUUGGAAUGACUAACAAAGUUUCUCUUAAGUGUGCUUACAUUGAAUCUGGGUACGAAGCUGAGACAAGCUGGAGUGGUCAAAUGAUUGCUCUCUGAGGACAUAAGCAGGUAUGCUAUUCAAAAUACAGUAUACAUCAACAACCCGGAAAAGGUGCAAAUGACUUAAAAUGAUUGGUGUAAAAUUCUUCUGUAAAUCUAUAAUUUAUAUGAUAAGAAAUAUGUUACAUUUUGAGGCCAGCAAGUCAAGGUUUAAAGAGGCCUUAGAAUGUUGUUUUCAGUUUGAAUGAAAGCCUUGAUAUUGAAAGCUUUUGCUACCAUGUCAGAAGUUGUGAGGGUUUUGCUCAUCAUUAAUCUUUCCAAAUUUGUGAGAAUCAUUUACUAAUGUAUUCUCAGGUAGAGGAUAAUCAAGGCUUAUUGGUUGUUUUAAGGGGUACGCUAGCUGGGAUAACACAAGCACACUUCCAGGAUGUGCCUGCCUUGAUCAUGUUUCUUGUUUAUCGUAUGUUUAAUGGAGACAGAUUCCGAGGGUUGGGACUAAUACUAUAGUCCAAGAAAUUAAAAGUUAACCUUGAUGUGUAGAUGUAAGUGAUAAGAGUCAAAAGGUGUUGGCGUGCUUUAAUUUAUUCUUUUGCUUUUUGCAGUAAACUAAAUGAAUGGUAAUGUGAAUGAGUAGUAGUUUUGUGGAUAAAAUAUUUGCAUGGGCGGCUGUGUCUGUUGCUUACUAUUUAUUUAUUGUCAACAUAAAAUGGGGAUUUGAUUGAGUGGAAGCAAUGAAGUGUAAAGAAAAUUCUAAUGCUUUAGCAUUUUAAAUCUUUGAUUGAUUU